AUGGUCGUCGCGACUACGGAUGUAUGGCCAAACACGGCGGGCUUCGAUACAGACUAUCAAGAACAUGAACCUGUCGAACUCACCGUAAAGGGUGAGAUACCGCGAUACGCUGCAGGAGUCCUAUAUCGAACAGGGCCGCUCGGAUAUAAAGCGAAAACAGAUGAUGGAAAGAUCUGGUCUGCAAAGCAUUGGUUUGACGGCUUUUCUUGUGUUCACCGCUUCCAAAUCGACUUUCCUGCCGCGAAUGGUCCACCAAAGGUCACAUACCGUUCUCGACGCACAGUAGAUGAGUAUAUUGAGACGGUGAGAAAGACAGGGAAGCUUGACAGUGUGACCUUCGCAGCGAAGCGGGAUCCUUGCAACAGCUUCUUCAGCAAAGUCAUGGCCUUCUUCCAGUCUGCGCCCAACGAGAGAAACAUCGGAGUUACACUAUCUAUCAACAUGCCCGGCGGACAUAAGAUCGGUGGUACUGAGAAGUCUGGGAUCAAUGGGCAUACGAAUGGCCUUCAGACUCUGCACGUGAAAACAGAUUCUGCCAACAUUAAGCAGAUCGAUCCAGAGACGCUAGAACCGACCGGGUUUGCGUCUCAGGCUUCUCUCCACCCAGAAUUGAAAGGGCCCUUCUCCGCUGCGCACGCCAAGUCUGACCCAAAGAACGGAGACAUGUAUAAUUUCAAUCUCGACUUUGGCUACAAAAGCACUUACCGCCUAUUCCGGGUAUCCGCAUCCACAGGCGAGACAGACAUCCUUGCGACUUUCAACGGAAUGCCGGCAUACAUCCACUCGCUCUUCCUGACAGAGAACUAUGUCAUCCUCUGCGUCUGGAGCAGUCACAUCUCAUGGAGCGGCCUCUCGCUCAUGUGGCACAAGAAUAUCAUCGACUCCAUCUCUCCCUUCGACCCCAACUCAAAAUCUACCUGGUACGUCGUCGACCGGGUACAUGGAAAGGGAUUGGUAGCAACAUACGAAAGCAUCCCUUUCUUCUGCUUCCACAGUAUCAACGCCUGGGAACAGCCAUCCCCUUCCGACCCCAGCAAAACCGAUAUCAUCACCGAGCUCAGCAUGUUCGAGAACUUGGACGUUGUCAAGCGCUUCUACUACGACAGCAUCAUCUCUUCCAUUGACACCCCUGAAUUCACCGGCGAAAAUCGUAUGUCUUCUCUCCCUAUGCAAGCGCAGUUCCGCCUCCCUAGCGUCGACGCCGGCGUCCCGACCGCCACACCCAUGCCCGCUGAACUCCUCUUUCAAGCCGAGAAGUUUGACUCCAUGGAACUUCCUACCUGCAAUCCCGCGUACAUUACGCGUCAGCACCGCUACACAUACGGAUGUGCCGAUCGUCUCAAGUCGACGUUCUUCGACGGCCUCGUCAAGUUUGACAAUCAGACUAAAAAAUCUAUCUUCUGGGAGGAAGAGGGACAUACACCCGGUGAAGCCAUCUUCGUUGCGGAUCCGGAGGGUACUGAGGAAGAUGAUGGCGUGUUGCUGAGCGUGGUGUUGGAUGGACACAAGGAGAAGAGCUAUCUGCUGGUGUUGAAGGCGAAGGAUUUGACGGAGGUGGGGAGGGCGUACAUGCAGGGUCCGAUGAGCUUUGGGUUUCAUGGCACGUUUAUGGAGAGGGAGAAGGGGUAUAGGGGCGAUGUAUGA